CCCUUUCCAUGCAGACAGCAGCCACGUCACCCAGCCUGCACUGGGACAGCGAAGCAAGCUCAGACUGGGAGGGACAUUCUGGGGGACAAUCCCCUACUUUGUACUGGCACACAGGGGAGGAAGAGGGCCGUCGGCAGAUCAUAGAGUAGGUAGAAAUUGUGUCUGAUAGAACAGAGAUUAAAUACACCAGGAGGAGGAGUGAGGGGACCAGUUUAUUCUGGAGGUAAGAAUAUCACGGGAGAAAGUUUUUAUACUAGGAAAGAGAGAGUUAACUCAUCUGCCAGGAGACAGGAACAGGGGACUCCAUACUCACAGAGAAAGAAAGUUUAAUUGGGAGAGAGUUUAACUGAUCCGGGAUAGGAAAGGGAAAAGAUUCACUGCAGAGUUUUACCAGGUAACAGAGAAUCUCUUGGGAGAAACCAAGAGAACUCCCAAGCCUUCCCUCCUCUUCAAAACUGCACUGAUUAAUUUGCCACGGGGAAGUUCCUGGAGCAAUGAAUAUAUUCCGGAUCCUAGGAGAUGUCUCCCAUUUGCUGGCUAUGAUCAUAUUGCUGAUCAAGAUCUGGAGAUCCAAGUCCUGUGCUGGUAUCUCCGGGAAGAGCCAGAUCCUUUUCACCCUUGUUUUCACAACCCGCUAUCUUGACCUGUUCACCACCUUCAUCUCCGUCUAUAAUACUGUGAUGAAGGUCAUUUUCUUGGUGUGCGCCUACAUCACAGUGUAUAUGAUCUAUGUGAAGUUCCAGAAAACAUUUGACAGAGAGCAUGACUCCUUCCGUCUGGAAUUCCUCUUGGUCCCUGUCACAGGCUUGUCAUUUCUGGAGAACCAUAGCUUUACCCCCUUAGAGAUCCUCUGGACCUUCUCCAUUUACUUGGAAUCAGUGGCCAUCCUUCCUCAGCUCUUCAUGAUCAGUAAGACAGGGGAGGCAGAGACCAUCACAACCCACUACCUCUUCUUCCUGGGUCUCUAUCGUGCGCUCUACCUUGCCAACUGGAUCUGGCGCUACCACACAGAGAAUUUCUAUGACCAGAUUGCUGUGGUUUCUGGGGUGGUACAGACCAUCUUCUACUGUGAUUUCUUCUAUCUCUACGUCACUAAAGUUCUGAAGGGAAAGAAGCUAAGUCUCCCAAUGCCAGUCUGAAAACAGCACCACACAACACAAGAAGUUCCUGCAGAUGCAGUUCCAAGGUCACAGCUGCUUUCUUCUACCCCACCAUCAACAAAAACGGCUCAGCUAAGAAUCUCAACUCAGCGCCAGUAAUAUAGUGAGGCUUGGAUGGCUGAUAAGCUCUUGAUCUGCUUAGGGCUUUUUCUUAAAACGUCUGCUAGUGUUUUUGCUUAAGUGAAUUUUGUACUGGUGAAUGGUUCUGGCUAGCGAUUGAAGUCCUCUAUUCUCAUAGUAGAUCCAGAAGUGCAAGCUUUAUUCGCCCUCCUCUUUUCCUCCCCCCACCCACUUCCAAAAUCUGCCUCAAACCUGACCCUUUAAGGGAUCUCCUCAAGGAGUGAAAGUUGUUUCCACAGCCUAUUUUUCAGUCUUUCAAAGAUUGCCAGCUGUAAAACAGUUGCUCAGUUCUUAGCAAACAGGUACCCAAAACACCAAAAACCACCAGUCGAUUUCAUACUGGGAAACCAGUGGCAGACAGACCAUUACAAUUACUGCAAUUUGUUUGCAGUGUUCUUGCAGCCAUGUGAUUACUGACACAAGCCAAUAUGAACUGGCAAUCAAGAUUCAGAGUAGCAGCCAUGUUAGUCUGUAUUCGCAAAAAAGAAAAGGAGUACUUGUGGCACCUUAAAGACUAACAAAUUUAUUUGAGCAUAAGCUUUCGUGAGCUACAGCUC